AACUGCUUUGCUCUUGUGUUUGUGUUUUUGUAUUAAUUUGCUUUAAAAAAUCAAUUUACUUUAUUUUGAACCCUAGAAAUAAUAUUUAAAACAUGUUAGUAUUAUAAAUAAACCCCUAAAUCAAUUAAAUUUAUACGCUCAGCCAGUCAGCAUCGAGUUGGAGCAGCGUUGAAGGUGGUGAUAGCAGAACAGGGUGACAAUGCUGGGAGGCAGCGUGCUAUGGUUCCGCCACGGGCUCCGGCUCCACGACAACCCGUCUCUUCACUCUGCGCUGGCGGAUAGGAGCCAGCCGUUCUUCCCCAUCUUCAUCUUCGACGGGGAGACUGCUGGAACGAAAGUGGUCGGUUACAACCGCAUGCGCUACUUACUGGAAGCGCUUGAUGACCUGGACAACCAGUUCCGGAAGUACGGGGGCAGGCUCAUCAUGCUCAAGGGGAAGCCUAACAUUGUGUUUAGGAGACUGUGGGAAGAGUUUGGUAUCCGCAAGCUGAGCUUCGAGCAAGACUGCGAGCCGGUGUGGCGCGAGCGCGACGACAGCGUGAAGACCGCGUGCCGCGAGAUCGGCGUGUCGUGCCACGAGCACGUUUCGCACACGCUGUGGGAACCCGACUCCGUCAUCCGGGCUAAUGGAGGCAUCCCGCCGCUGACUUACCAGAUGUUCCUGCAUACCGUAGCCACCAUCGGCGACCCCCCAAGGCCAGUGGAUGACGUGCAACUGUCAGGCGUCAAGUUCGGAAGCCUGCCGCUGUGCUUCUACGAAGAAUUCACUGUCUUUGACAAGGCCCCAAAGCCGGAAGACCUGGGGGUGUUCCUGGAGAAUGAAGACAUCCGUAUGAUCCGCUGGGUGGGCGGCGAGACGGCGGCCUUGAAGCAAAUGCAGCAGCGACUCAGUGUCGAGCACGAGACCUUCUGCAGGGGAUCAUAUUUGCCGACGCACGGAAACCCUGACCUUCUGGGCCCGCCGAUAUCUUUGAGCCCUGCCCUCCGUUUUGGAUGUCUCUCCGUGAGAAGGUUUUACUGGUCCGUGCAAGACCUAUUCCGUCAGGUGCACCAAGGGUCUCUGUCCUCCACUCAUUUUAUUACGGGCCAGUUGAUCUGGCGCGAAUACUUCUAUACGAUGAGCGUCAACAACCCGAACUACGGCCAAAUGGCUGGGAACCCCAUCUGUCUUGAUAUACCCUGGAAGACUCCUGAAGGCGAUGAGCUACAAAGAUGGAUCGAUGGCCGCACCGGCUUCCCGUUCGUGGACGCAGCGAUGCGACAGCUACGCACAGAAGGCUGGCUGCACCACGCCGUGCGCAACACUGUGGCGUCCUUCCUUACCAGAGGAACGCUGUGGCUGUCCUGGGAACACGGCUUGAACCACUUCUUGAAGUAUCUACUGGACGCUGAUUGGUCCGUCUGCGCCGGCAACUGGAUGUGGGUUUCCAGCAGCGCAUUCGAAGCGCUUUUGGAUUCAGGCGCGUGCGCCUGCCCCGUGCGCCUCGGGCAGCGCCUCGACCCUAGCGGCGAGUACGUGCGCCGCUACGUGCCCGAGCUGGCGCGCGUGCCCGGCGACUACAUAUACGAACCAUGGAAGGCGCCGAUCGAGGUGCAGGAGCGUGCUAACUGCAUCAUCGGCAGGGACUACCCCGCGCCCGUCGUUAACCACUUGGCAGCCGCGCAGAGAAAUCGGAACGCGAUGAAGACGCUACGGCGUUCCAUCUCGAAGCAGAUUCUGAAGGGCGACUGGUUGAAGGCAGUCGGGGAGUUGCGCGAAAUGCUGCAAAAGGCGCCUCCACACUGCUGCCCGUCGUCCGACGAUGAGAUCCGGCAGUUCAUGUGGCUAAGCGAGGAAGGCCAGGCCACCGCUACCGUGGGCUCCAAUUAAAUUGGCUGAGGGUAGCUGCCAAAUACUCAAACGGUAUUCGAUAGUAUUUUGGGUUGAGUUUUCUUGAGUAUUUUAAAUGUGUUUUAUUCAUUGAAUACGAAGCCAGUGCACGAAAAGAUAUAGGAAUUAUUUAUAUUUUCUAAGAUUCUUUAAAGCAUUUUUCCUUGAGCCAAAGUGAUUGAUGGGAUGUUUGAUUAGGCACAAAUUGGCUUGCUUUAUCGACAGCGCACAUUGGGCGACAAAACGCGGCGACAGACGCGGCCACAAAACGCAUGCGCGCAACAUUUAAUAUAGCUUAUCGUCGCGACAUAUCGCGGAGUCGCAACAUGUCGCGACAGUUGAACAGUCAAGGAAAGAAUAUGUACUUAUUCAAAAUUUUAUUAUAUUAUUCUGGGUUAUUUGUCAAGAAUCACAUAACGUUUAAGUAUUUGGCUGUGCUAAAGAGAGCUGUGUUUUAUUAUAACGGAACGUUAUAAAAGUAAGACUGAAUACGCGGGAUGAGUAGGAAAAUUGAUACUCAAUGUGUGGUUUAAAAACUUACGAAAAGGCCAUUAAAACGUAAUUCAUUCCAAAUUGGUAUUUACUGGAAGAUUCACCAUGGUUCUCUUGAUCAUGAUUGAUUUAUUGAUUUGGGCGUUUUAAAAAAACUGUGCCAAAAUUAUGAAUUUAAUUGCUGGUCAAAGUAAAAUUCGAUCUGAUUGAAAUUUUACCGUUAGUAAUAUUAUAAGUCAUUUAUUGAUUUUAUUUGUAGGAUGAUUUCUCUUAAUGAGGUUCAUUUAGUCUUAUUUUCUGUUUUAUUUGAUGUUACUGAAAAUGGGAUGUACAAAUGAUUUCCUAUUUCCACUUCCAAUGUGGUACUUUGGAUAUUCUAGGGUAGUGCAUAUUUUAUUGAUGUUGUUUGAAAUAAAUAUAUUUUUUUUGUUAUUCUUAGUUGUUAUCUGAAAAUAGGUUCCACCAAAUGUUUUGUUACUAAAUUUUAAUUAUUGACAAUAUUAUGAAAAAUAUUUGAAUUACCAUUUGAUUUUAUUGAAGUUCCUUUUAAGUAUUUUGUUUUAAUAUAAGGGCUGAUAUUUUUUAUUGUAGUGUUUUAUAAGCCUUUUUUUUA